AUGGAGUUGGGAAAAGGAAGACUUCUCAGGACUGGCCGGAAUGCCUUGUAUCAAGCAGUGCACCCAGUUCAUGGCCUUGCCUGGACUGAUGGGAGUCAGGUGGUCCUGACUGACGUACAGCUUCACAAUGGAGAGGCCAGGUUUGGAGACUCAAAGGUCCUUGGGCAAUUUGAACAUGUCAGCGGACUGUCCUGGGCCCCACCUGGUACAGGUGACACGCCCACUCUGCUCGCUGUCCAGCACAAGAGCCACGUCACUGUGUGGCAGCUGUGUCCCAGCACCACAGAGACGAGCAAAUGGCUGAUGGCUCAGACCUGUGAGAUUAGAGAAUCCCUCCCUGUCCUUCCCCAGGGGUGUGUGUGGCACCCCAAAAGUGCUGUGCUGACUGUGUUGACUGCACAAGAUGUCUCCGUUUUCCCUAAUGUUCACUGCGACAGUUCUCAGGUGAAAGCAGACGUCAACCCUCAGGGCCACAUUCACUGUGCAUGUUGGACCCAAGAUGGCCAGAGGCUGGUGGUGGCGGUUGGCAGCAGUUUGCAUUCUUAUAUUUGGAACAGUGCACACAAGACUCUUCACAGAUGUUCCUUUUGCCCAGUGUUUGAUGCAGACAGCUAUGUCCGCUCUAUUGAAGCCACUGUGGACUCUCAGGUUGCUAUAGCCACUGAGCUUCCUCUAGAUAGGAUUUGUGGUUUAAAUGCUUCUGGAGCCUUUGAUGUUCCCACUGGUGUUAAAGACACGUCUCCACAUACUUUACCACUUACUGGUGAAGUGCCCUUUAUGGUUAAAGGGGCAAAUGCUUCUGAAACAAAUUCUGAAGUAUCUGUUUCUCCUUCUGUUUCUUCCUCCUCAGAUCCUCUGGAUCUAACUCACAUACGUUUCAGUAGGUCUGGAUCUAAGCGCAAUUCUCUUAUUUGUCUAAGGAGAAAGGACUACUUGACAGGAACUGGCCAGGAUUCCUCACAUUUGGUCCUUGUGACUUUUGAGAAAGAGGUCACCAUGACCAGAAAAGUGACCAUUCCGGGUAUUCUGGUUCCUGAUUUAAUAGCAUUUAAUCUUAAAGCACAAGUAGUGGCUGUGGCUUCCAGUACUUGUAACAUCAUAUUGAUUUAUUCUGUCAUUCGAUCUUCUAUGCCAAACAUUCAGCAAAUUAGAUUACAAAGUAGUGACAGACCCAAAGGCAUGUAUUUCUUAACAGACAAAUUAUUACUGAUUUUGGUAGGAACACAGAAAUCCACUGAUUUGGCAUUUCUUCCUUCUUCAAAAUCUGAACAGUAUAUAAUCCGCUUGGUCGUCAAAGAAGUGAAGUUGGAAGAAGAAUCUUCAGUGACCUCCAACAAAAGCCAGAGUCGCUACUCUCUGUUAAAUAAAGCAAACAGAAGAAAGCAAAUUCAAAGUCUUUCCCCGGAUUUUUCUCACCUAGCCAGAGGGCUCUUGUUACCAAGUAGUCCCAGUAAUCAAAAUGGAAGUCCUGGAAAAACCCUUAUUAAAGAAAUCAAGAGUCCCACAGCGGGUAUCUGUGAGGAGUCCACAGCUGUAGAAACUCUCGAUGCGGAGCCCAUUAACCGAUCGGUAACAAAGCCCCAGCCUCGCAGUCCGCCAGAGUCCUCCCCAGUGCAGUGUAACCCACCACCAGAGCUGCCUAACUUACCUCAGAGAAAGAAUUUGCAAAGGGAAAAAGAAGCUUGUCAGAUAUCUAAGAAACUUGAAGUUCUGUCAAGGACUCUGACUGAAAUGCAGCAGUGUCUUUCUGAACUCACAAACUGUCUACACAAUGGGAAGAAAUCCUCUCCCGGAUACCAACUCUCUCAGGAUCCUCCUUACGUUCACAUCAUUUACCAGAAACCUUAUUAUGUCGCUCCUGUUAUUGAAAAAAGAGCGGUGCUUCUUUGCGAUGGCAAACUGAGGCUCAGCACAGUCCAGCAGGCUUUUGGGCUCUCUCUCAUUGAAAUGCUGCAUGGUUCCCUCUGGAUCCUCCUCACUGCGGACAGUGAAGGCUUCAUCCCAUUAACGUUCACAUCCACACAGGAGCUGAUCAUUAGAGAUGGCAACCUGUCCAGGUCAGAUGUUUUUGAAGACUCUUUUUCUCAGAAUCUGGAUCCUGGUCCUGCUCUUGAAUACUUUAGAGACCAUACGGCCCGAAGUUUAGAGACUACUAACUGUUCUAACCACUUAGGGAACACAGCAUGA